GUUAGGUUCCGUUAGUGACGUGUUGUCGGUAGUCGUGUUAUUGUUGGCCGGAUUAAAAUUCGUUAAUGAUAAAAAUACGAAAUUUGCACAAUUUUGCGCCUUUUGGAAAUUCGCAUUCCUGGCGUAGGCACACAUUCGUCAUAUCCAUGCUACGCCACUGAGUUCGUCAAUCAAAAUAUGCUUACUAACAAUUGAACUAUCCAGCUUCAAUACUUGAAUUAGUACAAUAACCAAUAAUAUACGAUAAAAAGAUUACGUUUAUCUAAUGUUGUCAAAUCGCUUGCGGUGUCAAUAAUUGAAGCUUGUUUGACGGUAAAAUCGAUUUUUAUGAGUUCCUGUAUUUCAAAACACAUGUAUCGGCGACACGAGUCUCUUAUCAGUCAGGUGACUAAAACGGCAGAUGAUGUUCCCAUGAUCGUUACUCGAUUGGCGAGCAUGGAAAAAAAUGACAUUGAUUACUAUCCCUUUUCGCAAGUUCUUCGAAUACGUGUGCUACAGAUUGUCUGCGGCAUACUGGGAGUCGUCAUGGGCAGUGUGGCUUGCAUCGAAGAGAAAGGAUCGUUCGCGAACCUCGGACUGGGCAUACCGACUGGAUUUAGCACCGUACUGGCUGCAGCGUUCAGCAUACACACCAGCCGACUGUUCAGCGGGUACCGCGACACGCUGAUGUCGUCGUCGAGUGAAUCAAGAAUCUCAGUGCUUCGACUACUGGGACCGACCAACCAGUCGGCGAUCGCCGUGGGCACGUUCUGGUUACUGGCGCUCGCCCUGAACGUGGUACUAUUUACCAGGGCCGGGUGCACGCUGUUCAACUACAACGGUACAAUCAGUUCCAACCCUACGCUGUUCUGGAUGGCCGUCGUCCACCUGGCGUUGACGUCGCUGGUGCUGUUCGCCGUGGCCGCGAUUGCGUGGCUGGACUGCCACCACGACCCCGACUGACAAGAGCUGUACACCGGACACCGUCCCGUCAACCGAGCCGCGCGGCCGACCACCAGCAGCUCCGUGACCAUCAGCAUGACGACGUUCGUGCCGGACCCGCAGUCGUCGUCCGUUGGCCACCGGCUCGCACCCGGGCCCAGUCUGAUGGUGAGAUCUUGUUAGCGAGGCGCGGCCGCUGUCCGUCUCCCGUCGCACAGCCGCUGACGAACACGUUCGCUCCGAGGGCGGCGACGGUGACCGAACUUCUUUCUCGCGGUCUCCGCUCCGUUUUCGUUGUUUCUUUUUUUUUUUUUUUUUCGAUUUUAUAAAAUAUAAAUGUCUAUGUAUGUAUUGUACAAUGUUUGAUUUCUCCCCCUUCCCUUACGGUAUCCGAUCGUGCGCGUGCGAAACAAUCGCGUGUUGUGCACGGGUAUACAGGGCGAAAGAAGAAAUCGUUAGAAAAAAGUCUGAAUUAGAUUAAAAAAAGAAAACAAAUAAAAGGAAUAAAAAUUGAAAAAAAAAAGAAAAGAAAAGAAAACAGUACUUGUGUAUACGUUAUAAACGGGUUUUCUCGGUUGAGCGUCGGUUUUCCGCGGGACGUGCGUCGAUGUAAUGUUUUGUUAUUCCGUUUUCGGUUCAAGCUGAGAGUUGACCGUGCAUCGGGACGAUGUUCAAUUACUUUUAGACAAAAUGCAUUACUCGAAAGAACAAAUAUCAGUCAGACAUAAAAUGUCUCGGCAUACCCCAAAAUCGCUCAUAAAAAGUUAACACGCAGUGUUAUAUAACUAAAAGCUAAAAUGUACGUUUUAAAGUUAUAAUGUUUAUUAAUAACGUAUAUAAUGAUGUUUUCUUUUCUACCAGCUUGAAUUUUUUUCAAAAAAAUACUUUUUAAAAAUGUUACUAAUUCAUAUACAUGUUUUUAGGUGUACCAAAUUAAAUCAUAAAAUGUUACGUUUCAAACAAUUACAUUAGUUCUCGGUCGUUAUACUUUUAUAAAUUAUCU